CUUCCAUACUCUUCUCUGUCGCUCUGUACCUUCACAUACAUACAUCCAUGUGUACGUAGAGGUGGGGAGAGAGAGAGAGAGAGGCAUUUUCUCACUCUUCAUAACGCAAAAGUUGCAAAUGGCGGAGCAGCUGCAGCAUUUGUGCACAGUACAGUGUGUGUGUGUGGCAGUGUUGUUGGCUAACAUUUAACGCACUCUCCUUUUACUUUUAUUCAAUUUCGCUCUCUCUCUCUCUCUCUCUCUGCAUUCAUUCUGAUUCAUAUUCUCUCUCUAUCUCUAUCUGUGUCUGUCUCUCUCUGUCUCUAGCUCUCUUAAUGGUUUGUGCUGCUGCUCUGCCUUACAGUUCACGCCAAACGCCUGUUUCUCUGUAACUAUAUGCACUGCUUUCUUGCUAUCUCUCUCUCUCUACGGUUGCAUACGAAGGCACGAUUCCUUAUGGUGUUUUUUGGUCUCAUUUGAACUAUGAGGAGUGAUAGGGAUAGGAUGCUGUAGAAAAACUGGAAUCCGGAUCGAGAACUUCCAUUUUUAUCAUGUUCGUUCGCUCCUUCGUUUUGUUCGUAUAUCUACUAUCUAUUCAGUGACGAUAAUUCAAAGAGCGGUGAUGGAACAAGAGACGAAGAUGGAUUCAGAAUUUUGGUUGCUGUUAUGCAUUUUGUUGGUUUCCUUUCUGCAAUUUCCUGAUGCCUCUGCUCUCAGCGAUGAAGGCAAGGCUUUAAUGUCCAUUAAAUCCUCAUUCAGCAACGUCGCAAAUGUGCUGCUGGACUGGGACGAGAUUCAAAAUAAUGAUUUCUGUUCUUGGCGAGGUGUGUCUUGUGGCAACAUCACCAUGUCCGUUGUUGCUCUGAAUCUUUCAAAUCUGAACUUGGGAGGUGAAAUUUCCCCAGCAAUUGGAGAUCUCAGGAGUCUUCAGUCUGUAGACCUUCAGGGAAACAAAUUAACUGGUCAAAUCCCUGAUGAAAUUGGGAACUGUGUCUGUCUUGUGCUGCUUGACUUGUCGGAUAACCUGCUGGAAGGGGACAUACCAUUUUCCAUCUCCAAGCUGAAGCAACUUGAGCUACUGAACUUGAAGAACAACCAGCUCACUGGUCCAAUCCCUUCGACUCUAACACAGAUACCAAACCUAAAGACACUCGAUCUGGCCCGAAACCUGCUUAUCGGAGAGAUACCACGACUCCUAUACUGGAAUGAAGUGCUGCAGUAUUUGGGUCUUCGUGGAAACAUGUUAACUGGAAUGUUGUCGCCGGAUAUGUGCCAACUGACGGGGCUUUGGUACUUUGACGUUAGAGGCAACAAUCUUACCGGAACUAUACCGGACAACAUUGGCAAUUGCACGAGCUUUGAGAUACUGGAUAUCUCUUACAAUCAGAUUGAAGGAGAGAUUCCCUACAAUAUAGGGUUUCUACAAGUAGCCACUCUAUCUUUACAAGGGAAUUUGCUGACUGGAAAAAUUCCUGAGGUGGUGGGUUUGAUGCAAGCCCUUGCUGUCCUGGAUUUGAGUGAGAAUAAAUUGGUUGGACCAAUUCCACCCAUUCUUGGAAAUCUUUCUUACACUGGGAAGCUAUAUCUACAUGGAAAUAAGCUUACCGGUCCCAUUCCUCCCGAGCUGGGCAACAUGACGAAGCUGAGCUAUUUGCAAUUGAAUGACAAUAAACUGAGUGGUGUUAUCCCUGCCGAACUUGGCCAUCUCGAGCAGCUUUUUGAAUUAAAUUUAGCCAACAAUGAUCUUGAAGGACCUAUACCAGAAAACAUCAGCUCCUGCACUGCACUGAAUCAGCUCAACAUACAUGGCAACCAUUUGAAUGGAUCCAUUCCCUCUGGUUUAAAACAUUUGGAGAGCCUUACGUAUCUUAAUCUUUCCUCGAAUCAAUUCAAAGGGAGCAUUCCUGUCGAACUGGGGCACAUCAUCAACCUUGACACAUUGGAUCUUUCGAGCAAUGAUUUUUCUGGAUCCAUUCCUUCAUCUGUAGGAGACUUAGAGCAUCUUCUCAUUCUGAAUUUAAGUCACAACCACUUUACUGGACACAUCCCAGCUGAAUUCGGGAACCUGAGGAGUGUACAAACAAUAGAUAUGUCAUUCAACAAGCUCUCCCGCGGCAUUCCUGAAGAAUUGGGACAGCUGCAGAAUGUAGCCUCUCUGAUUCUCAACAACAAUGAUUUGAGUGGAAGAAUACCCGAACAAUUAAGCAACUGCUUAAGUCUUGAAAAACUGAAUGUUUCGUACAACAACUUCACUGGGCUUGUUCCCAUUAGCAGAAAUUUUACUCGGUUCUCGCCCGACAGCUUCAUUGGGAAUCCAUUGAUCUGUGGGCACUGGUUAGGCUCAAUAUGUGAACCUUAUCCUCCGAAAUCACGAGCCAUGUUUUCGAGAACAACGAUUGUCUGCAUGACCUUAGGCUUCACUGCAUUGCUGUCCAUGAUAAUCGUAGCGCUGUACAAAUCAAACCCUCCGAAACAGUUCAUAAAGGGCUCUAACAAGAACUCGGCGCAAGGUUGUUUCAUGUCGACAGGUUCUUCCAAGAUGGUUGCUCUCCGAAUGGACAUGGCGAUCCACACGUACGAGGACAUAAUGAGGCUCACCGAGGAUCUUAGCGAGAAAUACAUCAUCGGAUAUGGAGCUUCAAGCACCGUCUACAAAUGCGUGUUGAAGAAUUCCCGACCCAUUGCAAUUAAGCGGCUCUACACUCAGUAUCGCCACGACUCCUCCGAGUUUGAAACCGAGCUGGAGACGAUUGGCAGCAUCCGCCACAGAAACCUUGUCGGCUUGCACGGCUACUCCCUUUCGACGCAGGGAAAUCUCCUCUUCUACGACUAUAUGGAAAAUGGAUCCCUAUGGGAUCUUCUUCAUGGCCCCUCGAAGGUGAAACUCGACUGGGAAGCGCGUCUGAAAAUAGCAGUCGGCGCGGCUCAAGGGCUAGCUUACCUUCACCAUGACUGCAGCCCGAGGAUCAUACACAGGGACGUGAAAUCCUCGAACAUUCUACUAGAUGAGAAUUUCGAAGCCCAUCUUUCUGAUUUUGGGAUUGCGAAAUGCCUCCCGACUGCAAACACGCAUGCGUCGACUUAUGUGCUUGGAACCAUAGGAUACAUAGAUCCCGAGUACGCGAGGACUUCUUGGCUGACCGAGAAGUCUGAUGUCUAUAGCUUCGGCAUCGUGCUUCUGGAGCUCUUGACGGGGAAGAAGGCCGUAGACAACGACCUGAACUUGCAUCAGCUGGUGCUAUCGAAGGCGGACGACAACACGCUAAUGGAGACGGUGGAUCCUGAGGUGUCGGUUACGUGCGUGAAUUCGUCGCACAUAAGGAAGAUGUUUCAGCUGGCAUUGCUGUGCACGAAACGGCAGUCGACGGAGCGGCCAUCGAUGCAUGAGGUUUCUAGAGUUCUGGUUUCACUGAUGCCGCCUCCGCCGGAGAAGCCUUGCUGGACGACUCCGGGGAAGAAUUUCGACUAUGCGCAGUUUGUGGCGGUGGCGUCGCCGCAGCAGAAGCAGAAGCUGCAAGAGAACAAGAGCAGCAGCAGCAGCACAUCAGAUGGUGAAUGGUACGUGAGAUUUGGAGAGGUCAUAUCGAAGAACAGCAUUUAAAAUGGUAUGUGGGGAUUGAUUUUUGGGUAAGUCCUUAAUUUUGUGAUAUUUGAUUCUGAAAAAUGGAUGAUAUUUAAGAAGUGGGCGCAGCGCGGUUUAGUGUUUUUUCACUACAAACUCAGAACAGACAGACAGAUUGGUUUGUGCUUUGUCUGUAUUGUAUGGGCAUGGGUAUGGGAAUGCGUAUGUGUGUA